GUGACUCCCUAAACAUAUACGAAAUAGCAAAAUGUUAAAGUGGACGGCGUCAGCGCAGAAGCUGAAUCAGCUCACGCCGAACAUAAAGGCGGCUACGACGACAUUACGUUCACCGCACCCGUUAACAGACGCGAAACGACGCCGCCGACGUGCCACAAUCAGCAAUAAGGAGAACAUCGUACCAUAUACCUCAACUCCGAUGGUGGCGCGAGAGCGCAACAGCCCACUGGUGCUUUCGCCGUUAACGGAUAUUUUGAAUGUCACACCGAAAACGCAGUCGCCGCUGACGCAGCGCACGCCAGAGCGAAUGUCGAACCCGAGUACGAGUACAACCAGCCGGGCACUGCCCAAUCGUCGCCAUUCAACAGUGGGGUUCUUUCUGCACCCGGCCCCUCAUUACGCUUCCACUCUGCCACGCUUCGAGGAAGAAUACUCGCCAAGCACAGCGCUGCCUACUGGACAACAAGUAGCUUUAAGAGGACUACUGCCAGACCCUUUCCUCAGCAACUUGCGCUACUUUAACACACCCGAGUUGGAGAAGCGAAAGCAAAAGGAGGCACAAGAAAAGCUGAAGGCCGCCAGAAAAUCAUUGCCACGAAAGCUAGAAGCAGAUUUUGCUGAAAUUGCGCGAGAAUGUUGCGGCGACCAGCAAACUAAGCGCAACUACAAUGAGUCGCAUUCAGCCGGCAUGAGCGACCAAACCUUAGACAAACUCAUUGACGCUAUACUCGACUCAGCGCGCAAAGGCGAAAAGAAGAAGAUGAGACCGCGCAAGUCAUUCAACUUACGUCGUCGCACGCUGCUGAAGAACCAGACCGAGCAAAAAGUCAGCGAAUUAGUUUUGUCACCAUCCUACGCGCCCGGCGACGAUCCAGCGAGUGAUCUCAGCUUCCUCUUAGCCGAACCGGUAUCGAAAAGCAUGAUGAAGGUGCAGGGAUCUACUAAGGCAUCGCCACCCACACCAGCUCCAGCUACACCCUUGCCCGGCACGCCUAUAUCUGAGGAAGUAUUGCAAAAAAUGCCCACGCCCGCCACCUGCGCCUGUGCAGCACAGCUACAUUUUCUGCGCUCGAGCACAAGCAAGGAGCGAUUGGAUACCACGUUCACGCUGGAGACGCCCGUGCGGUUGCCUAUGCAGAGGAAGCUACAGCGGCGGAAAACAUUGGCCGUAUCGAUCGGCGGCGGCACGAAGCGCUUCAAGGCCGAUGGUAGCCAAAACUACUACGACGUUGGAGUUGCGUUACCGUCGAUCUUUGUUUGAAGUUGCUGAGGAUGGGAAAUUGUCGUAAGAAUUUAUUACUCUUUAAGUUUAUCGGUUUAUUGAAACCAUAUUUGUUGAUUUGUUGACAAACUGGGGGAAAAUGCUCGCUUAUUACGCUUUUAGUUUUUAAGUCUCUUAUUUAUUUUUACUUUUAACUAAUUUAAGUAGGUAAUUUAUGCACUAAGUAGGUUUUAAUAUUAGGAAAAUUAUCAUUUUAUUACAUACAUACAUACAUACAUCAUCAUCAUUGGUCAGUGUCGUCGUCAUCGCAGUUGUUAAUGUAUUUGUUCCUUUAUUGGG